CGCGACACACUCACUCCUUGGCUCUGGGUCCCAAAAGAGCAAGGUCGGACGACUAGUGUACAGCAAGAAUAUCGUCACAACUUGUUGCUGAUCUCUUUUAUGCCAACUUCUACUUGUCUCAGACCUUUUUCAUUCUCUCCUGCGAUGUCGACUACGUCCUAAAACACAAACUGUCAUUACUCGAACUAUUCACCAGCUCCGUCACGCUCUCCCUGAACUGGCAACACACCAGCAUCGCGAAGUCACUCUCCCUUGCGAUAGCCAAACGAACAAUCCUGUCGAACGACGAUUAACUUACGCCGUAACAAAACCAAAAAAAAUAAUAACACCACCACCUAAAUGGACGCGCCACCACCCUCAGCCGUCCCCUCCUCCUCCCUCGACGAACAACCCUCCGCAGCCUUGACCCAGCGCAAGAAGCUCUCUUCCACCAUGGCCUCCUCCCCCGAACUCUCGUCGGCAUCCAACGGGGGAAGAACCCAAACUACCAAAACUACUACUACCAGCCAGCGCAACAACCCGCACUACCCCACGCGCACCGAACUCGUCGCUCUCGCGCUGUACCCGACCCUCCUCCUCUUCGGCACCCUCUUCUCCCUGCUCAACCCGUCCGCCCGCUCCAGCCCUUACGACUUCGUCUCGCAAUCGCACGUCCAAAGCGGCGAUGCCAUCCCCUCGUACUUUGCGCGCAAAGAUAACUUGUUCAAUGUCUUUUUCGUCAAGAGGGCGUGGUUCUGGAUUACUGUUUCUUUCUUUGGGUUUUUGUUUAGUCAUCCUGGCUACAACAGCAACAACAACAACAACAUGACUGGAACUCGGGGGGGAGACAAUGGAAGUGGAACCGGAAGAAAAAUAAAAGCCGUGGUGAGAUGGGGGCUAGUAACGCUCUGGUGGGUUUUUGUGACACAAUGGUUCUUUGGUCCCGCGAUUGUCGAUCGCGGGUUUCGCGUCACGGGAGGCAAGUGUCAGGAGGCGCAAGGGCGGGUGAACGCGCAGGUGAAGGCGGAUGCGAUGCCUGGGCCUGUUGGGAGCAACGUGGAAGUGGCGGGCUUGAAGGAGUUUGUCACGGCGGCGGCGUGUAAGGCGGCCGGAGGCAAGUGGCAGGGCGGCCACGAUAUCUCGGGUCAUGUGUUUUUGUUGGUUUUGGGGAGUGCGUUUUUGGUGCAGGAGGUUGGGUGGGUGGUUGCGAGGCAUUAUUGGAGACGGAGUGUGAGGGAUGAGAGGACGGUGGUGAUGGGUGAUGGGGCGGUCAAGUCGGCGGGAACGGAUUUGGCUGCUGAUAAGAGGUGGGAUGAUUAUAGCCCGGAGAUGGAUGAGGCUAGGGAGGUGAGGGACGUGGUUACGGGAGGGGGCCUGUGGGAUGCGUUGGGACAUGGGGGGAAGGUGGUCUUUGUAGUGGUGGGAUUGAGUGCGUGGAUGUUGUUGAUGACGGCGAUUUACUUUCAUACGUGGUUUGAGAAGCUUACUGGGCUUCUUGUCGCGCUCAUGGGAUUGUACUUUACGUACAUUGUGCCGCGCUUCGUCCCGGCGUUGCGUGGAAUUGUUGGCCUGCCUGGUGUUUGAGUCAUGACUGGAGUGAUGGGACGACAACCACCGAGUCCAGGAAGGAUGAGAUACCCGUAGCAUUGCACGAUGGCAUAGCAUAAACUACUCGUAAUAUUCAUGUUCUACUCUUACUGUUUGCUUGCCC